AUGCAUCUCGUCGUAAACCUUGGCGAUCGAGUUGUCCUUUGGUGUACUGACCAAGAUUUGAGUCAGCUUAAAGGGAGUGUUAUCCUAACCUGGGAGAAAAGCCACAAGACCAUACCAGCAGAUGAUCCACGACUGAAUACGAUAGCAAAUGGCACUUUAGAACUCAACGAUGUACAAAGAGAGGACGGGGGGAUCUACCAUUGCACUGUCAAAGCGAGAGAGUUUCAAAGUAUAAACACCACGUACCUUUUCAUCAGAGGUAGGCUUUCGUAGUGCUUUAUUGUACAGUGAAGCCUGAAUCUGGUGGAGCACUUCUUCCCCUCCCCUCCCCCUUCCCUUCCCCUCCCAUCCCCUUCCCCUUCCCCUUCCCCCCUGUUUUUAAUCCGACCAGACCUUUUCUUUAACGUCUUAACUUAUUCUAUUAACACAACUAUGGUGUAUAGUAAAUGAACGACAUGAAAUUGUUUUCUCUCACGACAGACACUUACAAACAUCCCAACCCCACUUCCAAUAAGAUGUCUCCUCUACAAACACAGGUAUGAGUUUUUAUGAAGAUAUGAAGUCUUCUCAGAGAUGCCAAAGAACACAGUUGAAAUGAAAGAACGCUUAUGUCGUCUUAAAAAAAAAAGAAACAUCAACUACAUUCUUGGCUUUGAACAUUUAAGGAUUUCACAUAACAUUUCGAAGGUUGACGGUGAAACAUGAAAUUCUAGAAAAAAUAUUAUCUGAGGCCGGGGAGGCGAAAGUGACCAAAAACUCAACCAACUUGGAGGAGAAAACUCCCUGUUAAUGGUUCGAAGCAACACAUACAGAAAAAUUAUUGACAACAGUGGGUCACGAUCCCACAACCCUAGAGUUCAAACAAAAAGAAAGCUUAACCCUUUAACUCCCAAGAGUGACCAAGACAGAAUUUCUCUUUACAAUAUCAAUACAAUAUCAAGUAGACAAGUGUAGAGGAUAAAGAAAAAUUAUCAAUUUGGGGAUCACUAGUUGAUCCAGUAUCAAAUUCUCCGACCUAACAUCACAAUAAUUGUAUGGCAGACAGUCAGGAGAAUUACUAAUGAGACCUUGGGAGUGAAAGUAACGUGACUUUGAAUAUAUCAGAAAGUUGCUCGGAAGGUAUUCAUUGGGAGGUUCUUCUUUCGUUUGUAAGCGGUUUUUUUUUUUUUACAUUUUCCCUUACUCUCUCAAUUGGAAAGUGGUCAAUUACUGCGGUAGUUAAAACACUUCAUAUUUUAACUUAACAAUACACUGGAAGCUUCACUUGCUGAGUACACUUCUCACCAGAUUGAGGCCAUGUUGAGUGGUAACCACUCCAUCGACGUAACCACGGUCAUUGCACAAUUUGUCACCUUGACAAGGCCUGGAAACGAGCAAAGACUCAAAGCAAAAGAACUGUCUAAAUCCGUGGACAUACUUGAACUACUGGUAACAUACAAUUCCCUGCAGAACAACGGGGCUUUUACCAAACCCGAUGACCGACGGAACAUCUUGGUGGCAGGGAGCAAUUUACUGGACGAAGAGAAUACUCAAACAUGGCUACAAUUACAAAGGGUAUUGAGACUAAAGAUAGAUGAUGUCACUUUUAGUUGUCUAGGCAAGCUCCUACGCCCUGUUUAAAUGUUUAUCCGUCUUUUAUCGACAAAGUUUUGUUACCUCGAUUUGAAUUUAGGUGUGACGUCACCGAUGGCGUCAGAGUUUCCUUUCUUUCAACAUGGAUACCUGAUUUUGUCUCUCUAGAAUCACGAAAACGUCACCGAUGUUCUUUUAGAAACAAUGGAUGAGUUUGCCUCUCAAAUAAGCAGUCAGCUGGGCAGUUCAAUCAAUUCCACUUCAUUUGUCCUCUCAUCAAGAAACGUAGGCAUCAGAGUCGAUCGAGUUGACACAAUCCAAACGGUUAGUCUCCCAAGUCUCACUCAUAGAGCGUUACUAUUAUUGAGACAUGACCAACCAGACCGGUUGAUAUUUAGCUACACAGGAAAUUUCAAUUAGCACCCAAAAUGUCAAAAAGCAUCCUUUAUUUCGCAAUCUUGCACAUAAGCAAACAUAACAAUUUUCUCGCGCGAUUUGAAUUUUAACGUCUCGGUCCCUUUUCUUUCUUCCCUCUUUUUUCGUCUCCAUAAGCUCUGCUGACAAUUUUCUUUCUUCCAUCUCGUGGUUGCACUCUCUAAAUGCACUAAUCCAAAAGAAUAAGAUUUGUAGUGUCUCACUCCUCUCCCAGAGGAGUUUAUCCGUAUGCCUAGAUUUCGAGUACUAGGGCCCAGUUUUUCGGAGCCGGGGACCGCAAAGGCUGAUCAUGCAACACAGAAUAACCUUGAAACUUAACGCGAUGAUUGAUUAUAUGCGUAAUAGCGUCCAAAAUUAACACCAUUUCCUUUUCAGCAACCUCGGUUAAGUGAGUAAACUCACUUGACUUUCGACUUAUUUCUCAGCUCGUCGUCGAUUUCUCUCAAUAUGGGGCAUCCGUCCUGUUUCCUGGUUCAGUGUUCGCCAAUAGUUCCACAAACAUAGUAGCAGUCGUUGCCUACAAUUCACUGCACAAUUUUUUCCGACUUGAAAGAGAGGCAUCCGAUAAUGAACAGGAAAAAAGGCCAGAGACCUCGAGAAUCAUUUCCGCUAAAAUCAUCCCUCGUCCAACGAGUCCUCUGAGAGUACCAUUCAAACUGGUUUUUGAUCACAACAACAAGGUGUAAGAAAGUUAUAUCAGUUAGUUAGUCCAUGUUGUUAACAGUUGUUGUCAACGUGAUGUUGCCUGUGCAGUCCUUUGAUUUGAUUGUAACAAAUACUCUGUUGUUUUUGAACAAUAUAUUUUACUUGCAAUCACUUCUUUAAUUUAAUUGUGAGCACAUUCCUUUACAGUAAUUUAGACCCCACAAAAAUUUUAAGUGUCUCGGGGGCACGGUUCAGGAAAAGCGUCCAAGCUUGAAUUUUGCAAGCAUCUUUUCCUGCAAGUUCUUUUCGAGUGGUUCACUUGCGAGGAUUAUUUUCUUAUUUUACGUUAUGUUUCUUCGUCUACUUCACUUUUAUCCCUCAAUGGCAAUCGGAGAAACACUGACCUCUUUGAAAUAAAUCAAAAGCCAGUCAAACCAUUAUUGGUUGUAAACUAAGGAAAAAAACAUUUAGGCUGCAUUAUUGUAUUUCUUAACAGCGGUUGUUCAAAGAAAGGAUAAAGCGUUCCACCUUGUAAAUCUCCGUUAGCAAAACAAUACACUAUCCACAAGAUAGCAAUUUAUGCGUCCUUAAUAGACAUUUCACGCUUCCAAAAGACCCAGUGUGGGGUUUUCUUAACUAUCGACAAUUUUGUGGUUUAGUAUACGAUCGUAUUACCUUGUUUUUACCGUGCAGGGCGGUGAUUUGAUUGGACAAUGCGUCUUCUGGGAGAUCGGCCAGUCGCACCGAACGUGGCAAACACGUGGAUGCGUGCGCGUGGAUCAUGAGUCAAACGCGCGUUCAACCACGUGUGAAUGUGACCACCUGACGAUUUUUUCAGUUUUGUUGAACAACGAGCCGGUAAGAAGAACUGAAAUUCCAUUUUGUCAUUUCUUUCUAUCUUGGACAAAAUUACAUUGCCUCAUACUUCUUUAUAUUGCCAAGACAUACGAGAUAAAAAGGCUUUUCUUUCUUUAAAAGGAAAACGCUCCAGUCAUUUUUUUAGACCCCAAGAAAAUCUAUGUUUUAGGUCACAAAAUAUUUUUUGGAUUUUAUCGGGCAUAACAGGACUUUUCACUUUCGUUUUUUAGAUAGAUGGCGGUGAGCAGCAUCAACCUCACUUAGGUUAUAUUUCCACAACAGGUUGCGCGUGCUCUCUGCUGUUUCUUCUGCUGACCUUUGCCGUGAUCAUAUUGUACUGGAAACGAGUAAAGAGCGCCCGCACUAUAAUUUUAUUGAACCUGUGUAUAGCUAUUGCUGCCUCCUGUCUUUUUAUUAUCCUAGCUGAUCACGCACGAAGACCUAAGGUAACAAACUGGAACCUACUUCCUAGUGACAUUCAUCAAGGAUAUUGUGCAAUUAUGAUGGAUUAGUGAUAAUAAGCUGUACACGCAUUUUUAUUGGAUCUUACUUAUGUUCUAUUGGAAGACAAACACGUUGUUUACAUCACCGUAACAAAAUUUUGCUAGUUAUUAUAUAAAACGAAUAGAUUCCUGGUUGCCGUGGGUCCGUACAGUAAUUGUUUACAGAAGAUUUUAAAAUGGGCAUGAAAUGAAAAUUUGCAUGAAAAGAACAUCUUUUUGUUCUCCAAACUUUCCGCCUGAUUCAGAUCCAAAUGAACGAGCACUGCCGCAGGUAAUUACUGUUAAAUGGCUUGGCUUCCAUGUAAUUCUGAUCACCCUGGUCUCACCAAAUAAUAUCCACUUAAUCGAGAGGCGGUGACCACAUGCACAAUAUACAAAACAAUCAGCAAAGCCCUGAUCGUCUGAGUAGAAACCAGUACAACCAACGCACCGGCAAUAAAUUUAAGAGGAGUUUAAUUUCCUGACAACUCCACCGAACUCUUCUAUUUACGCGCCAUUGCCAGUGGUUUCUAAGUAAAGUAUUACGAACAUAAUACAUCAGGAACGAAACCUCUUCUUACAAAACUGGAAGUAACAUAGGAUAUACUGAUAACAAGAAUGUGUGUAACAUAGGCAAUACUAAUAACAUAAGUAAUCAUAACCAUUACAAUUUCCUCAAAUGUGGUUGGUGCAUCAGCUGCUUUAUAUUUCACUAAUCACUCUGUACAGUUGAAAUCGGACAGUGUAAUCAGACAGUCGGCCGUAAUCGGACACCUGUAGUGAGACAGUUGAAGCAGCCAAUCAUACUAAGUCCACUCAGCUAAAUCCACCAAUCACAGAGUUGAUCACAAUAACCAUAGCAACAACCACUUACUCUGAAAAGAAAACUAGAAAAUUUCCAAAUUUUUGUCGUAGACAUUGUCCCUACUGGAGAUGUUUGUUCUACAUGUAUUUUUUUUUCGGAAAUUGUAAUUGUUGUGAUAAAUUGGUAAUAGGACUUCGUAUCGUCCAAUUCUGUCUGUAAUCAUACUCGUAAUUGACAAAUCGGACUCCCGCUUCGCAGUUGUCCGAUUUUGUUAAUCACUCGUGCGAUUACAGACCGAAUUGGACUCCACUCUGUCCUAUUACCAGUAUAAAUACGGGACACUCGACGAAAGAGAAAUUUACCUGAAGAUUUUGGGAUACGGCUGACAUAAGAACGUACUUGCGAUUAAAUUUCAACUCGAGCUCACACCUUUUUUAUUUUCAUGAUCCACGCUCGAGUUAAACUUAUAUGAAUAACCGCGCGGACUGGGGCUAGGAGGGGGAUUGGUUUCUACACCCAGGUUGUGCUCAAUUCUGAAUUUUUGCUCGCUAGAUCGUGCGGCCCACUUUAUGCGGUCGGGAAAUUCCACAUCAUUUGAAAACCAGACCUAAUGAUGUUUUCUCACCUUAGGUAUUAUGCACCAUCACGGCCACAUUUCUCCAUUACUUCCUGUUGUCUGUGUUUUCGUGGAUGCUGUGUCAUGGAGUUAUCUUAUACUUCCUAAUCAUAAAAGUGGAAACUCGAGAAACUCUCGAACCAAAGAUGAAAUGGCUCUACGCAUUAGGAUGGGGUAGGAGAAAAUUAAUGUCAUUCCACUACGUGUAACUACGGUUAAGUCUCGCCUCACUUUUUCCAAAUUUGUUUCGUUCCAGGCUCCCCUCUAUCAAUAGUCGCUGUUUCUCUCAUAGUUACUGGUACCGAAGUUAGCGCAGCGAAUAAUUGCUGGCUGACUACGAAGCAUGGAGUCAUUUAUUGGGCGUUUGCCGCUCCGGUCGCAACAGUUAUAACUGUGAGUACAUCCUUUACAAUUAAUGGCCGGUACACGGUCAAUUUGUUUGGACACGAAUUAGAAAAUCUUGGUCAGAUAUGAACAUGGUGAAGUAGAAACUUAUUUUCAAACCUAGAGGAAUAAUGUAAAACGACAAACUAUCUCUUCUGAAAUGAAUAGUGUAUCAUUAUUGAUUGAGUUAGGUCAGACUUGAUGGGAAAUAUAUAAGGGUCCUUACGGUUCAUCUGAUGAUGUUUCUUGUAACGUCCCAGUCCAAAGCUAAAUAAUGACUAUAGUAACACUAUAAAAAUAACACCCAUAACAGUAAUGAAGAAUUUCCUUAGCACCACAACCAUUAGCUCAUAGCGCUUUACAACACUUCGCGGGAGACUUCGUCCAGAUUGCAUUGACCAUGGCCCCCAUUUCGUAAUUAAGACCAGAAUACCACACGGCAGUUCGAAGCUCUACAACCUAAGCUACGUAGGCAGGGAAAAUUCUGGUUGAAAAAAAAUUAAAUUGAGAGAUGGGAUAAUGGAAGAUAUUUUCAAGGAAAGUUUAGCAGUGAGCGUCGACGAAAGUGUUCGAGCCAAUUUUCUUGACUCCCUCUCAAUUAAACCCAACGCAUCCAUGACAGCUCUUAAAUAUAUUUUCUUCCCAAAUAGGCUUUUGCAUUUGUGUUCACUAAAGUAUGUGCUGUUUGUUAGUGUUACCUUUGGCUGAGAAAAUGUCUCUCUGAUUUAACCACGACAUUAAUGAUCUUGCUUAUCAUUUUUAAUUGAGAUUUUAGAAUCAAAAAAAGAAAUUUUAUCGAUGAAACAAAUAUCUUAUAUUCCUUGCUUUAUUUUGUUCCCUUUUUCAGAUCAAUUCAAUCUUGUUAAUUUUCUUGUUGCGCCAAAUAAACAGAGCUGCACAAUUUAAAGCCAGCAUGUCACGUGCCAGGCCAUGCGCCAAGCAGGUGAAGGCCUGGUUACGACGAACUGCAAUGCUGCUGCCAGUUCUGGGAGUCACGUGGUUAUUUGGCUUUCUGACGUUCAUUUCCUCUACAGUUGUGUUUCAUUAUCUGUUCACCAUCUUGAACUCACUUCAGGGAUUUUUCAUAUUCGUCACUUUUUGCAUUCUAGAUGAUGCAGUAAGUCUUUUGUGACUGUGUUUUAAGUAGUAUACUUUCGUUUUUUUAUUGGGUACAAAAUUUAACAAAUUGUUCUUAAUUCUUGUCGUAUCAAACUCCUAAUUUGUUUGCUAUUUUAUAAAUCUGCUUAAGAUAUAUGCCUCUACAUUAGAUAUUUUAAGGGAAUAUUUAAAAUCAUCUUGACUAACCGUAUGGAAUAACGAAUACGUCUCUUUCCUGUAGAGGUGCAGGGAAACUGUUGUCCCCAGUAACAACAAAGUUAUCGGUUCACAGAGGGGAGAACUUUGUUUCGGCGGGGGAGAGUGGGGUACAAAUCCUUUGAAACAUUUCUCCCUUUCCUCUUAUUCAGUGUUGGUAACGAGGAAUUUGGACCACCUGCAAAAAUGCGUCCCCUCAGUAAUCUUUGUAUCUUUGGGAGAUGUCCUUUUUACUCGUGGAUAUACGAAGCAUAUGAUGGAGUUAUAUUGGGGUUCCAUUUGUAAAUUUCGUGGCGUUAGCGCGCCCUUAUGAGUCUAAGGAGAGUAUGCAUCUCAUCAAAGAUGCCAAACCGAUUGUUAAUCUCUUCUUCCAGGUAAAGGAGAUGUUAAUUGGUACAUUACGUAAGCGGAACGCUGUGUCGUCUAAAGAACAGUCAACGUUGAACUCCAAGAACGCUGUGCGAAGCAUCUCUGUCACACGAAUUCAAACAGGUGACGAAGUAUAAGAACGCAUUUUAAUUUAGUAUUGAUUGCACUGAAGACCAAAAAAAACAAAUCACAAUGGCCAAUCAAAACGAGGCAAGUAUGGCACGGGACACGGUCAAGAAAAAUUCAAGGUAAAACUAAGCAAAUUUCCUGAAGCGCGAGAAAAUGUACGUGAACAGGUCGCGAUUCGCGGUUUAUCUGAUUGGUCUAUUAAAAGGGUGACGCGGGUCGUCUGGAGCUAAUCACAGAGCGAAAGAAAACAUUGACAAAGCUGUAACUAAAAUUUUGAAGAGUUGCAGAUAAAUUGCCGUUUUGUGCGUAAAUGGAACAAAGUAAAAAUAAUUUUCAAACACCUAAAUUCAAUUUUUUUAGUUCACAAACAUGUUUCAGUCGACACUCCUGUGUCGUCUUCAGUUAAAAGUGUUUGUUGUACAACUUAAUUUAACUCAACAGUUACGUCCCAACGAUUUCGUUCGCUAAACGACGUCAUAAAUAAACUUCAUGGCGCACUACAUAUGAUCGACAUCAUCAUCAAGACUAACGACGUCAGAAAUAUUUACAACGUCAUGAACUUAACGACGUCAUAAUUACUGUUUUUAUAAGGGUCAUUGACGACAGUUUAUAGGAUCAACAAUACACGGGUUCGUUUCCAUGGAGACAGUAAGAGACUCUUUUUCCCAUCCCUUUUUUUUCCAGCGUAUUUCAAAUUUAAUAUUCUGCACGUAAUUUUGUGACGUAACUGAUAUUGGGCAACCAUAUUAAAAAUCCAAAUUGAACACGAAGAUUUGCCACUGACGUAGAUAUGUCGGAACAUUCGUUUGGUCGCAUUUUCGGAAUUACACUUCUGCACAGGACACUCGUGACAGUGCUGAUCCUGGCAUUUUCCAAACCGGGCGACAUGCAUUGUUUCAUGAUAUAGCCGAGUAAUCUAGGAGAUCUGUUGUUCAAUUUCUCGCAGGGUUUCAGGACUCAGAUUUUUUUUUCUUAUGCGCCUGCGAAAAUUUUUAAAAUAUUCCUUUAUUACUGAAACUGUUUUUUUCAUUAAGGCCUGCGAAGAUCGCUAUAGUUAAAUUUUUUUUCUGUUUUUGUGUGUUACACCAGUUUAUUGGUUGACUUCAUCGUCUUUUUGUUUCCAUAUUCCAUUAUUUUUUACAGUUCAAAAUGCAAGAACUACAGCUGCAAAUCAACACGGAGGAACAUAUAACUUUCCCAGCGAUACUGAGCAAUCGAAAGUAUCAGGACCAAAAAUGCAGACAUGGAUUGUAGCUGAUAUAAAAUGA